CGCCUAUUACAGUAAUGUGUUGGACAUGUAUGGUGCUGUGGUGGAUCAACACCUAACCACAGCUAUUCAGACUUUGUUCCCAGCUGGAAUACAAACAAUCGAACUAAACUUGUAUCAUCAAAGGAACUACAAUUAUAUCUAAUCUUUUACAAUUCUGUUUACCUCUGGUUCCCUUGACGUCACUUGCGACCUUUCUGUCCUGUAAUCUCACAAUAACCUCCAGAAUUCCAUAAUCAAGCUCCGCCGCACGACUUGCAAGAGCUCACAAGAACGAAGUCUCGCAGAACGAUCAGUUAAACAUCACAUUCACGACGACGCCCGUCAUUGAUACAUACGCUCAUUCAAUCUUAAACCCUCAACUCCAAUCUACCACCCUCCACCCCUAGGUCCUAGGAAGACAACCAUCACUCAAACGACCUACUCCACAAUGUCCAAAAUCCUCGACACACACAUCCACCUCUGGCCCUCGACCGCCACAACCUCCAAGAACCACGGCUGGAUGCAACCAGGCCACUUCCUCUCCAAACGCCACGGCAUAUCAGACUACCUCUCCACCACACACUCCACCUCUCCCCCCGAACUCCAACCCUCUGGUUUCAUAUACGUAGAAACAGACCGCUACCUCCCGAGCUCCGCCCCAGACGUGCCCACCGAAGCCCCGGAGUCCGAGCUGAGAAACGCGCUGGUCGCUUGGGCGAAGGAACCCCUGGCUGAGCUCGAGUUCCUGAGACGGAUAGUCGAGGGUUCUCCAGACGAGGGCGAUGGCUUCGAAGCCGCGGAUGCGGAACGCAUGAAGGGUUGCGUCAUUUGGGCGCCUUUCCACCUCGAAUCGCGGCUGUUCGAUUUGUAUAUCCGGGUUGCGGAGGAGGUAGCGGGCCCGAGGUUGUGGGCGAAGGUUGUGGGGUUCCGAUACCUGCUGCAGGGCAUCAACGACGAGGGGGAGAUGAGGGCGUUGGUGGGGAGUCAGCGGUGGGUUACGAAUUUGCUCUCGCUACGGCGAGGGAGAGGAGGAAGGGGGUGGGCGUUUGACGUUGGGGUUGAUACGCAUGGAGGGGGAAUAUGGCAACUUGAUGUGGCAGCGGGUAUGAUUGAUAAAAUUCGAGGGAUCGAGGCAAAUGAUGGGGCGGGGAAUGUUGCUUUUGUUUUGAAUCAUCUCUGCAAACCAGAUCUAUCCUCCACCCCCAGCUCCGCAUGGCCAGACUUCCGACUGUGGAAAUCCCUACUCACCCACUCCGCUACACAGCCCGCGGUGUACAUGAAAUUCUCAGGGGCUUUCAACGAGUUCGCGCCGUCACCUACACCGUCGUCUGUCUCCGCUCUAAAAGAAAGUCUCGGGCCGUUCAUAGCACAUAUCGUCGAUCAGUUCGGCACCGGAAAGGUCAUGUUCGGAUCCGAUUGGCCAGUGUGCAAUGUAGGAGGGCCGAACGGGGAAGAGAAUUGGGGGUUGUGGAGGGAGCUUGUGGCUGCGUUCGUGGAGGAGGCAGGCGAUGAUAUUUGGUGGCGGGCGGGUUGUGAGGCGUACGGUAUUAUGAUAUGAUUUCCAGUAUCAAUUCGAAAAAAACAAUUCGAGUCGUGUACGAAGACAUGUUGAAGCAUAAGAAGCAUUCCAUGACUUUAAGCGCAAGAUUUGCUUCCAGGCCGAAAUAUUAUGAACAUAUUU